GCUCCUUCCUUCCUUUCGGCUAACAGGGAGGGGGAUUGGCUAGGGCUUGGAAAUUCAUAUGAAAAGCAAAAAAGAAGAGGACAAGAGACACAGGCGUUUGGCUCGAGAGCAGAAGACGUGAGAAGCAGAGAAAGAGAAAACGGUCCGCGUCAUGUAACAGACCAAGAAGAAGCCGAAAAUUAAUAAGAAGGGACUCUCUGCAACCGUAUGGAAGAGGCAUAAAAAGGGAAGGGGAUCUGAUCGAGAUUGGCAGUGAAGCAAAGUCUUUACGUUGACUUGAAGGAAGAGGAAGAAAGAGAAAAAGCCGAGAAGGGAGAACACAGAGGGGGACCGAUGCUCGGCAGCUCCUUCGCGUGGUUGCACCGGAGUGAGAAGCUCCCUCUAUCCUUAGCGAAAAGCCGAGGAAAACUAGAAGGAAAAAACGAAAAAAGGGUAGUUGAAAGAGGGAGCUAGGGGCUUGGAAGGAGGAAGGAGAAAAAACGAGGUCUCGGUUUGGUGGAGGAGGAACCCAAAAAGCCUGUCGAAGGGGGAGGAUUUUCUUGGCUUCAGUACAGAGGGCUCGGUAUGAAAAGAAAAGAAACAGAGUAAAACAAAGAAAAAAAAAGAAGGCCACUGAAAGAGAGACAAGAAAGGAAGAACCCCGAGGAGAAGACGGUGAUUCGAAUGAAUCAAAAUUUGCGGGGAUUCCAAUCUGGACCCUUAGGACCUUAGCUGCUUUGCACGCCUUUUGUUGUUUUUAUUGGGUCACUAGACGGGAAAUUAUCAGGCUUAAGUGCUUAGCACAAUCUUUUUUGAAUUUGCAUUUGUAUGCAUUUCUGGGUUUGACCUGAGAGUGACUUCAAAUGUGCGUUUCUGCAAGUUGAUGCUGUUUAAUUAUAUUUGACAAAGUUAACAAGAAGUCAUCAAGCAAAGCAAACAUUUGGAGCCAUGCCUGUGUCAGGAAAUGAAGAGACUGGGUUCAAGCCCAUUGCCUGGCAGUCUAGUGAUUACAGUGCAGGUAUUCCUAUCAAGAAAAGGAGGUUUCCCUUGAUCCGGCCUCCUUCGCCACCUAUUGAAGAGCCAUCUUCUUUGCUGGAAAAAAAUGAUUCACAACAGGAAAAACUUUCUAACCCAUCUCAAGGGCUGCCUAUUUCAAGGGCUCCUGAUGUUGCAACAAGUGUCUCCGGCUUGCUGACCACAAGAAAGAGCACCUUGGUGGUGGAAGAAACAAGAAGUUCUGAUGUUAAUAAUGGUAACUUGGCACCAACUACUGAGAACCACCCAAGAGUGCCAAUUGAAAAAUUGAACUGUACAAGUCAGUCUGCUGAUCUGACAGAGAUUGAGGCCAAAGAGAAGGUUGUUGAAGUUAAAACUUCUGCCAGUGUCUUGAUUAAUCCUGUGACAAUCGAGUUAAAAUCAGCAUCCACUGAGGCCCUUGCACCUACUGUUGGAAAAGAGAAAUCUAGUCGGAAAGAAGUGGAAGAAAAGUGUCAAUCUGCAAUUUCUAAUGUUUCUGCAAAUAUCAAAUUGUCAUUAAAUUUUAAGGAACAUCUUAUUCCAGCUGCAGCAGGCCCACAAAGUGGGGAGAGUUGUCAGAGUCAGGAAAAAGAAGAACUAGUUUCAUUGGGUUUGUCUUUAAGCAAGGGUGAAAGCAGUAUGCAAGACAAGAUUGAUGACUUGCCAUCGAAUAAUGAUGGUGAAAACACAUGCAGUAACAGAUCAAAUUGGGAUUUGAAUACUACAAUGGAUACUUGGGAAAGCCCUGAUGCUAGUGCAGGUGAUUUGAAGCCAUUGAAUUGCAUGGCUGGGAUGGUUGGCUCUGCUGUUAAUACCGAAAAUCAGAACAUAGUGGGGGUUGGAUGCAGAUCUGAUACUGCAACACUGUCUACCACCUCUGAAGCUUCUCUCCUUUUAGGCAUCAGUUCGUCGUGUCAUCAGUUAAGAUCAUGUGAAAAAAAUCCCAGUUUGGCAGCAAAAGUGGGGCAAGAUAGGAUUGGUCUAAUCAUUCCCUCACUUGGAUUGAGCUUGCCUUCUAACAAUGUAAACAUGGUCAGUUGUAGGGCUGUCAAAACAGAACCAGUUGAUAAGAAUGUCAGACAAGAUUCUACAGGAGCUACGGCCAAUACUGUGGGGCAAGAAACUAGAGUGAAGCCUGAACGAAUUGAAAGGCACAAUCAAGAAGCUUUCAUACCAUCAAAUCAUGCUGUUCUUAGUUCAAUAAAGCUUGAACCAGUUAGUGAGGUUCGUCAGGAAAACUUAAAACAAAUAGAGGCUACACCAAAAGUAAUAGAUAAGCAGAUGAUGCGUGCUAAUAACCUAGGAAUAUGUUCUUCUUCAAUGUCAAAUCAGUCAGAUGAACAUAUUCUACAACCCAAGGAUAGUGGAAGUAUUCCUCCAUGCGCAAAAGUUGUGCAUGCAAGUGAAAAGUUAUUGAACCAUUCUGAAUGUUCAGUCUCAACAAGUGGAAGUGAGGAUAGUGGUAAGUUGCCUCAAGAAGCCUGUGAAACUGCUAUUCAGGUUGCAUCAGAACCGCACACUGAAAUAAAUAGAGAUGCAAGCAUGGAUGAUGCUGAUAAGUGCAGUUUAAAAAGUAUGGAUGAACUUCCCUUUGGUUCGUGUGUAAGUGUAGAAGGUUCUGUAAGUGAUGAAGAAAUGAUUAAUUUAUCAGGGGAUAUGCUAGAAGAAGAAUCAUAUGGUUCUGAUUAUGAUUCAGAUGGCAACCAUAAUAUACCUGAGUGUAUGGAUAUAGAACAAGAUGGUGGAGAAGAUGACUAUGAAGAUGGUGAGGUCCGAGAAUCAGUAAGUCAUACUGUGGCAGUGGAUUCUGCAUUGGAAAAAAGCAGAGUGGAAAGCAUUAAUGAGGCUGAGUAUGAUAACAAGAUAACAGAGUUUAGAGGCCUAACUAACAAUGAACUUACCACAUCAUCCUUUGUUAAAGAGAAAGUCAAUAAAGUAGGAGACCAUGGUGAAAUGAAUGAUGAUUACAUUAAGAGAUCUGGUGAGAUUGGGUGUGAUAAGGAAAUUUAUCUAGAUGCCAACAAAAGGGCUUGCUUGCAGAAAUUAGUUGAAAUACCAAAUAAGGGGCCUGACAACGAGAAUCAUAUUGCAGCGGUUGAAAGAAAAUCACUAGAUGUAUCUAGAAGAAAAGAUGCUACGAAAGAACCAGAGACAGAAAAGUCAUCUGACCCAGCCAGUAAUGCAGGCCAAGGAACUUUAGCAACUGCUUCGGUAGCUUCAGAUGGAAAGGCUAGCAUUGAUGUGGUAGAAAAGAACCAAUCUACUUUACCCAAGGCUGAAGCAUCAUCCAGUGGGGAUUUUGCUGGUAAGGAUUCUAACAGUGGAGGUACUCGAAGCAGGAUAAUUAACUUGGCCCGAGCAUCUAAUGCAUCUUCAAGUAUUACAAUGAGAUCUAUUCUAGGAGGGUCAAUACAAUCACAAAGUGGAGGAGAAAGAUUAUCUAAUGUUGCGUUUGAUGGAGAGAAGUUGCAUCCUCGAGGGAGGUGA